CUCAAUGUAUCAGAAGAGAACUGAUGGAAGAGAACUUGAAUAAGCUUCGACUUUAUGAUCGUUGCAUGCUCUUGUAAACGAGGAGAUGAGAUGAGGUGAUUGUCUAAAAACAAAACGUUACAUCGCUGAUGAUGAAAGAGAGAGAGAACACGGACUCGCGCGCGCGCGCCCCCGGUGCGGCACUCGGCGCGCUCAACAGCUCGUGCCUCCUCCAUCCCAACCCUCUCCGCCAACAGCACCGACGCCAACGCCGUCCUCCAAUCUCUGCACUCUCCCUCCCAGCUUGCUUUUCUUAAAGCUCAUUUCCGUGACGAUCUGAAGCUUUUUCUCCGGUACGAUGAGAGAUGCCAGCAGCGCAGCAGCGGGACGAGCCGAACCGAGCCGCUCCGAGCGGAACUGAGCUGCAGUUUUCUCUCAGGCUUCAGGACUGAGCUGAACCUGCACCAUAAACAAACCUAUACUUUGGAGAAGAAGAAAAAAAAAGAUUUCAUUCAAAUCACGUCUUCAUCUUCUCUCUUAUUCUUGGUCUGAGAGAGAGGAGAGGCAGGUCAACACACACACACAGAGAGAGAGAGAGAGAGAGAGAGAGAGAGAUAGGGGGAAAAAUCACAGGAGACGGAGGCGGAGAGGGAGAGAGAGAUCCAACAAUCAUUAAACUCGUUCGGAUGUUCUGUUGAAGAAAGCAAGGGACCACCCGUCUCCAAACCCGCUGGAGAUGUAAAGUUGGAUACCACUAAAACCGAUGCUGUGAAGUGGCUCCCAGCCUUAACUUCAUCAGGACUUGGAGGAAGGAUGCUGUGGUUUACCCUGCUAAGCACAAUAGCUUUAGGAUGGACUACGCCGAUCCCUCUGUUGGACGAGUCAGAGGAAAUAGAUGAGCCUUGCUUUGACCCUUGCUACUGUGAAGUCAAGGAGGGUAUUUUCCACGUCCACUGCGACAGCAAAGGAUUUACAAAUGUCAGCCAGAUCUCUCAGACAUGGACGAGACCCUUUAAACUCAAUCUGCAGAGGAACUCCAUGCGCAAACUGUAUUUUAACAGCUUUUUGCACCUCAACAACGCUGUAUCGCUCAAUCUAGGGAACAAUGCGCUGCAGGACAUUCAUGUGGGUGCUUUCAAUGGCCUGAGCAUUUUGAAAAAGCUAUUUCUUCAUGAGAAUAAACUGGAGGUAUUUAGGAAUGACACUUUUAUGGGGCUGGAAAGCCUUGAGUAUCUCCAGGCGGAUUACAAUGUCAUCAAGAGAAUAGAGAGUGGAGCAUUUCGGAACCUGCACAAACUCAGAGUACUUAUUUUGAAUGACAAUUUAAUACCCGUGCUACCCAAUUUAUUAUUCAGGUCUGUGUCACUGACGCACCUUGACUUGCGUGGCAACCGCUUAAAAAUUCUACCUUAUAAAGGGACUUUGGAAUACAUCGGUCGCAGCUUGAUGGAGAUUCAGUUAGAGGAAAAUCCGUGGAACUGUGUGUGUGACAUUGUGCAGCUUAAAAUGUGGCUAGAGCGCAUCCCUUACACAGCUCUGGUAGGUGACAUCACAUGUGAAUACCCCUUUCAUUUACACGGCAAAGACCUUCGCGAGAUCAAGAGGACUGAACUCUGUCCUUUACUCUCUGAAGCUGAAAUGGAGGCCAAACAUGGCAUUCCCAGAUUACCAUUUAAUAACGAAAAUGUCUGGCCCACCAAGCCUUCAUCUAUGUUAUCGUCUUUUCAUAACACAGCCUCCUCAGUAGAGUACAGAGAGAGACACGUAAAGCCAACUAAACGGCCCAGACCAACAAAAACGCCACCCACUCCUCGUAGCAUUUACCCAGGGUUGAAUCAGCCUCCUAUUGCUGCCUAUCAGACCAGACCCCCUAUACCAAUAAUUUGCCCGACAAGGUGUAUGUGCAAUUUACACAUCAAUGACUUAGGCCUCACCGUCAAUUGCAAAGAGAAAGGCUUCCACAACAUUUCUGAGCUCUUGCCACGACCACUUAACGCGAAGAAACUGUAUUUAAGUGGGAAUCUGAUACAGAAAAUUUACAGAUCGGAUUUUUGGAACUUCUCCAGCUUGGAUUUAUUGCACUUGGGUAAUAAUCGGAUAUCAUACGUUCAAGAAGGCGCCUUUAUGAACCUACCUAAUUUGAAAAGUUUAUACUUGAAUGGCAACGACAUAGAACGGCUCACUCCAGGCAUGUUUCGUGGUCUGCAAGCACUUAGUUACUUGUAUUUCGAGUACAACGUCAUUCGAGAGAUCCAACCGGCCGCAUUCAGCCUCAUGCCAAACCUGCAGUUGGUUUUUCUCAAUGACAACCUGCUGCGCACCUUGCCCGUGGAUGCCUUCGCUGGCACCUCUCUGGCCAGGCUCAAUCUGCGCAACAACUAUUUUCUAUAUCUUCCUGUGAGCGGCGUACUGGAGCAUCUUCACUCCAUCGUUCAAAUCGACCUGCACCAGAACCCCUGGGACUGCUCUUGCGACAUCAUCCCACUCAAACAGUGGAUUGAGAAGCUCAGCUCCGUCAUUGUUGUGGGGGAAGUGACCUGCAAGACCCCAGAAUCUGCUCUUGGUAAGGAUCUGCGCACUCUGGAGGUGGAGAUCAUCUGCCCCGAGCUGAAAUUUACAGCGUCCUCUCCGGUUCUACCCAAUGAUAUGACAGCAACCAGCGGUUCUGAGUUAGGAUACGCACCAGCGACGGUAGCUGUCCCACUAUCUGUGCUCAUUCUCAGCCUGUUGAUCCUCUUCAUCUCAGCAGUGUUUGUGGCUGCUGGUCUGUUUGCAUUCGUUCUACGGAGACGAAAGAAGCUUCCCUUCCGGAAGCGGCAGGAAGUUGAUCUUACGGGCAUUCAGAUGCAAUGCAAGAUCUUUGAGGAAAGACCGACCGCCUCCCCUGAGAAACCACCAGGUCACGUCUAUGACUACAUACCCCAUCCUGUUACUCAGAUGUGCAACAAUCCCAUUUACAAACCACGAGAGGGGGAGAUUGAGGGUGAGCAGUUUGUAGAAACCAAGGAAAAUAACAGUAAUUAUCGAACUCUUCUGGAGAAAGAGAAGGAAUGGACGAUGGCUGUGUCCAAUUCCCAGCUCAACACGAUCGUCACUGUUAAUCAGUCCAGUGACAUGGCGGGCUUUCAUGAGAAUGGAGUGCUUUGCCCCACCGUGAUUGACAGCCAGAGACCGACCCCAACAGUGGGUUUUGUAGACUGCCUAUAUGGCACCAUACCCAAAUUAAAGGACAUGCAUGUUGCACACUCACAUCCCCAAGGAAUGCAAUACCCUGACUUACAGCAAGAUGCCAGAUUAAAAGAAACAUUACUUUUCACUGCAGGAAAAGGAUUCCCAGAGCAAACCCAAAGCGAAUACCUCGAGUUAAGGGCCAAACUUCAGACCAAGCCGGAUUACCUCGAAGUCUUGGAGAAGUCGUAUAGAUUCUAGUUGAAUAUAAAAUAUUAUUCUAUUUCACAACCCCUCCCCCUUCUUCACCCAAGCCCACAAAGAUUGAGUAUCAAAAAAGAAGCAUGGCAAAAUUAUAAAGUAUGUAUCAUACACACACACAUACACACAGAGUUCCCCCAAGUCACUUUGGAGGAAAGGCCAUACUCAGAUUUUCAAUGAAGUGCCUUUUUUCAGAGUAGCCAGCAAUGUUACCACCCAUUAUUUUUGUAUGGAACAGAUUUGUCGUUGAGCCUCUGGAGUUUAAUUAUCAAAAUAUAAUCAAAAGAAGCCUUCAAUCGCCGGGAUUCAUGGCACUUGUGCGAGGACACACACUUGCCCUGGCACAGUUUGUAGAAUAUUUGCAGUUUGCUGCAUGAAUUUAACUGCAGAGGAGGGUAUUGAUGAAAACCAUACAGAGACAUAUUACCCGUUCAGUGGUCUAAUUUAAUUUUAUAUAACAAAAGACGACAGAGCUCUAUCUCAAGGACGCUCCCAAGGAUCAAUAUUUGUGAAUAUAUAAAGACACUUCAAGAUUUUAUGGAGUUCAACGCACUUUCUUAUAAAAAACGCUUCUGGAUACUAUCACUAACAGCUUUUUAGGAAGCACUUUUAAUGUUUUCUCUCUCUCACAAAGUUUUGACAGAGUUAGAAAUGUGCAUAUAUUUAUUCUGUAAUUUCAGUGAAAGAUUUAAUUGUAAAGGUAAUGUUAAAUCAAUGUAUAGUGAUUAUGCGUCUGGUAUAGCCUUCUUAAUAAAAAUACAAAGUCUUAAAUCAAAUAAAAAGGGUACCAAUGCAUACUGUUUGUGAGAAAUAUAUUUCACGUAUUGGUUUGCCGCUUAAACUAUUUUAGAUUUCUUUUUCCAUUUCAAGACAAAUAAUAAAAUGCACAUUAACCUACCAAGAUUUCACUGCUGCUAAGAGGAGCCAAAUACUCCUCUCUGCCUAUAUGCAUGUGCCAUUGAUGGGUGUGAACAAGAAAAUAGAUCUGGCUUUGGAUUAGAUUUGAAUCUAUUUUUCAAGGUAUGCUUUUACGCCCACCCUGACCUGUUGACAGCAUUACAUAACUUUUAAGAUUUAGUAUGAAAUGCAGUUACUUUUAAAAGUGUCCACAAGAGGGAGAAAGAGAGACAUCCUCACAACAAAUGCGGCAUUGAUGGGCUAACAUAGAUGUUUGGUUAUUUGAGACAAAGCUUAAAAUCUCCUUUUGUCUGUUUUGAGAUACACUUGUGUACUUAGUGGCAUUUCUAUGAAAUUUUGAUUGUGCGUGUGUGAUGUGUGUUUGGGGAUAAUGUCACAUAUUCUAUUUGUGCAUCACUCUAGGGACAUAUUUUCGUGCUAGAAAAUUAUCUAUUUAGCAAAAAUAGAUUGUUUUUACUCCCCUUUAAAUACAAAGAUGGCAUUUUGUUUUUUUAAAACCAAAUAUAAUGUCUGAUAAACGCAAGCUAUGUUCAAGUUCAGUCCAUAACCAUUGAAUACAAACAUAGUAAGUCUACAAUUAAUCACAAUUAAUCUUUCUAAGGAUACUUAACAUAAUUUAUUUGUUUGUUAUUAUUGAGUUCGUUAAAGUAGCUUCAAAUUCUUGUUUAACACCAACCAAGAAUUGUAUUCAUUAAUUAGUUUCACCACAUUCACCAUUUACCCAGCCUGUUUUGUCAGUUUUUCAAUAAAUUCUGUUUA